UUUUCAGUGAUAAACGUCAUUCAUCCCGAACACUUCAGAGAAUCAAUGGAAAAUGAGUGCUGAAUACGGUCAGUACGGAUACUAUGGAGGUGCUGGAGGUGCCCAGACAACAACAACUCCUGCUGCCGCAUUGGCUGCAUCAAUACCCGCAACUUCAGUUUACGGAGAGCAAAGACCAACAUUCUCAGAAGAUGGAACUGGUGCUCCAUACAGCACUAUUCUUAAUCUAGUUGGAAGCGCAGCGGUAAACAGCGAUAUCAGUUAUGAUACAUCAUCUAAGGAUCCUCAUAUGAUCAGAGCUCGUGUUUUCAUUGGAAACAUUGCCCGUGCUAUUAUCACGCGUGACGAUAUCAUCGAACUGUUCCGUCCAUUUGGAAAAAUAAUUGCUGUUAAUUAUUUUGCUCAACAAGGUUUCGGAUUUGUUCAAUUCAAUGAAGCUGGUAGUGCCGACGAGUCAUGCCGUUCACUCAAUGGGAUGUCAUGGAAAGCUUGUUGUCUUGAUGUUCAUUUGGCAAUGUUGGGCUCAUUGAGAAAGCCAACUGGAAACGAGGGUCGCCAAGGAAAUACUAUUGCUCCGGCCCCACUUCCUGUUGGGAAACCGUUGACACAACAUGCUGUCGAUACUUCCGCGCAAAGCGCCAAACGCCCCUAUGAAGACGAGGAGUACGAGAUCUUCAAGCAGAACAAAAGAAAUAAGCAGUUUGCAAAUGGAGAUACAACUAUCAAUGAGCAGUUGGCACCGAAUGAAAUGUGCGACACAAUGGUGUGUGGAUAUUGCCGUUUCGUGACAAGUGAUUUUGAAGAGUUCAAGGAACAUCGAAUCGCUGGCUGUAAUAAAUACAAGGAUCCAGAAGAACCACGACAUCGUCUCAAAUGUGCCACUUGUAGUCAGAGAUUCCUCGGCGCGUGGGGACUUCUCGAACAUUUAACCGAUUUUCAUCGUAUGCUGCUCUAUACUGAAGAGAAGAUGACGCCAAAUGAUCUUGCUCAAAUGCGUGGUGGAUCCGUUUCAACGCCAUCUUCGAUUCCAGAAACUCCAGCUUCUGGUUCUGCGGCUCCUGCUGCUCCAAAUUCAGCCAACUCCACACCAUCUCACCAUAUCGUCGAAGGCGCGCCAUUGUCCUACUCGUCGAAUAAUGGAACUCCCCAAAUCUAAAUAUUUUUGCUAAAUCCUGUUGAAAUCAUACCUGAAUCUCAAUUUUCCCAUUUAUCUAUCUACUACUUUUUUGUUGUAAACGCUUAUACAUUUUUGUGAACUUUUAUUUAUCAAUCUCUGAAGUUUUAUUUUUGCUUUAAA